UGCCGGUGCCUGUUUCAGACGCCUGUGACUGGGUGGCCGGCAAGCAGAUGAUGAAGACUGGCUUUUAAUCUUUGGAGACCAUUGAGAGGGAGCUUACAGGGGCCCAGGAGCCCCCCUGGACGCCCAGCACCAUGUCGGGAUCCACACAGCCCGUGGCACAGACAUGGAGGGCCACCGAGCCCCGCUACCCGCCCCACGGCAUUUCCUACCCCGUGCAGAUCGCCCGACCACACACGGAUGUCGGGCUGCUCGAGUACCAGCACCACAGCCGUGACUACACUUCACACCUGUCACCCGGCUCCAUCAUUCAGCCCCAGCGGAGGAGGCCCUCCCUGCUGUCUGAAUUUCAGCCCGGGAAUGAAAGGUCCCAGGAGCUUCACCUGCGACCGGAGUCCCACGCGUACCUGCCUGAGCUGGGCAAGUCAGAGAUGGAGUUCCUUGAGAGCAAGCGUCCUCGCCUGGAGCUACUGUCCGACCCUCUGCUGCGGCCCUCACCCCUGCUGGCUGCUGGCCAGCCUGGGGGCUCUGAGGACCUGUCCAAGGACCGCAGCCUCACAGGCAAGCUGGAGCCUGUGUCUCCUCCCAGCCCCCCGCACGUUGACCCUGAGCUGGAGCUGGUGCCUCCAAGGCUGUCUAAGGAGGAGCUGAUCCAGAACAUGGACCGGGUGGACCGUGAGAUCACCAUGGUGGAGCAGCAGAUCUCCAAGCUGAAGAAGAAGCAGCAACAGCUGGAGGAGGAGGCCGCCAAGCCACCCGAGCCUGAGAAGCCUGUGUCACCGCCGCCCAUUGAGUCGAAGCAUCGCAGCCUGGUGCAGAUCAUCUACGACGAGAACCGGAAGAAGGCCGAGGCUGCGCAUCGGAUUCUGGAAGGCCUGGGGCCCCAGGUGGAGCUGCCAUUGUAUAACCAGCCGUCUGACACCAGGCAGUAUCAUGAGAACAUCAAAAUAAACCAGGCGAUGCGGAAAAAGUUAAUCUUAUACUUCAAGAGGAGGAAUCACGCCCGGAAACAAUGGGAGCAGAAGUUCUGCCAGCGCUAUGACCAGCUCAUGGAGGCCUGGGAGAAGAAGGUGGAACGCAUCGAGAACAACCCCCGGCGGCGGGCCAAGGAGAGCAAGGUGCGCGAGUACUACGAGAAGCAGUUCCCCGAGAUCCGCAAGCAGCGGGAGCUGCAGGAGCGCAUGCAGAGCAGGGUGGGCCAGCGGGGCAGCGGGCUCUCCAUGUCGGCCGCCCGCAGUGAGCACGAGGUGUCUGAAAUCAUCGACGGCCUCUCGGAGCAGGAGAACCUGGAGAAGCAGAUGCGCCAGCUGGCCGUGAUCCCGCCAAUGUUGUACGACGCCGACCAGCAGCGAAUCAAGUUCAUCAACAUGAACGGGCUCAUGGAUGACCCCAUGAAGGUGUACAAAGACCGCCAGGUCAUGAACAUGUGGAGCGAGCAGGAGAAGGAGACUUUCCGGGAGAAGUUCAUGCAGCACCCCAAGAACUUCGGCCUGAUCGCAUCAUUCCUGGAGAGGAAGACGGUGGCUGAGUGUGUCCUCUACUACUACCUGACCAAGAAGAAUGAGAACUACAAGAGCCUGGUGAGGCGGAGCUACCGGCGCCGUGGCAAGAGCCAGCAGCAGCAACAGCAGCAGCAGCAGCAGCAACAGCAGCAGCAGAUGCCUCGCAGCAACCAGGAGGAGAAAGAUGAGAAGGAGAAGGAGAAGGAGGCCGAGAAGGAGGAGGAGAAGCCGGACGUGGAGAAUGACAAGGAGGAGCUGAUCAAGGAGAAGGCAGACGACACCUCUGGGGAAGACAAUGAUGAGAAGGAGGCAGUGGCCUCCAAAGGCCGCAAAACUGCCAACAGCCAGGGGAGACGCAAAGGCCGCAUCACCCGUUCCAUGGCCAACGAGGCCAACAGCGAGGAGACCGUCACCCCACAGCAGAGUGCCGAGCUGGCCUCCAUGGAGAUGAACGAGAGUUCUCGCUGGACCGAGGAAGAGAUGGAAACAGCCAAGAAAGGUCUCCUGGAACACGGCCGGAACUGGUCGGCCAUCGCCCGGAUGGUGGGCUCCAAGACUGUGUCCCAAUGUAAGAACUUCUACUUCAACUACAAGAAGAGGCAGAACCUGGAUGAGAUCCUGCAGCAGCAUAAGCUGAAGAUGGAGAAGGAGAGGAACGCACGGAGGAAGAAGAAGAAAACCCCGGCCGCUGCCAGUGAGGAGGCCGCCUUCCCACCCGUGGUGGAGGACGAGGAGAUGGAAGUAUCAGGCGUGAGCGGAAACGAGGAGGAGAUGGCGGAGGAGGCAGAAGCCGCUGUCAACAACAGCUCUGACACGGAGAGCAUCCCGUCACCCCGCACCGAGGCCGCCAAGGACACGGGGCAGAACAACGGGCCCAAGCCCCCACCCGCCCCAGGCGCUGAUGCGCCACCCCCCGAGCCACCGACCCCACCGCCCGAGGAUGCCCCGGCCCCCACAGAGCCCGACCCUGCUCCGGAAGCUGCCGGCCCACCCACGCCCCCACCGGCACCCCCAUCGCCCUCCCUGCCUCCCGUGGUCCCCAAGGAGGAGAAGGAAGAAGAGGCCGAAGCUGCCCCCUCGGCUGAGGAAGGGGAGGAGCAGAAGCCCUCUGUGGCCCAAGAGCUGGCUGCAGAUGUGGGCAAGACAGAGGAGCCCGGCGACACACCCCCCUCGGAGCCCGUCAAGAGCGAGUGCAAGGAGGAGGCUGCCGAGGAGGGGCCUGACAAGGUCAAGGCGGGCACGGAGGCCGUUGCUGAGGCUGCACCCGAGGGGGCACUCAAGGUGGAGAAAAAGGAGGGCAGUGGCCCUGGGAGCAAAGGCCCCACGGCCAAGGGCUCGGGCGCCCCCCAGGACAGCGACUCCAGCGCCACCUGCAGCGCCGAUGAGGUGGAUGAGCCCGAGGGUGGAGACAAGAACAGGCUGCUGUCGCCGCGGCCCAGCCUCCUGACCCCGACCAGCGAUGCCAGGACCAACGCCUCGCCCCAGAAGCCACUGGACCUGAAGCAGCUGAAGCAGCGUGCAGCCGCCAUCCCCCCAAUUCAGGUCACCAAAGUCCACGAACCCCCCCGGGAGGACACGGCUCCCCCUAAGCCAGCUCCCCCUGCCCCACCAGCACCGCAGCACCUGCAGCCGGAGGGUGACACCCCCCAGCAGCCCAGCAACAGCCCUCGAGGCAAAAGCAGGAGUCCUGUGCCUCCUGCCGAGAAGGAGGCAGAGAAGCCCGUGUUCUUCCCGGCCUUUGUGGCGGAGGGCCAGAAGCUGCCCACGGAUCCCUCAUGCUGGACAUCAGGCCUGCCCUUCCCCGUGCCCCCUCGCGAGGUGAUCAAGGCCUCCCCGCAUGCCCCUGACCCCUUGGCCUUCUCCUACGCCCCGCCUGGUCACCCACUGCCCCUGGGCCUCCAUGACAGCGCUCGGCCCGUCCUGCCUCGCCCACCCACCAUCUCCAACCCACCACCCCUCAUCUCAUCCGCCAAGCACCCCAGCGUCCUCGAGAGGCAAAUGGGUGCCAUCUCCCAGGGAAUGUCGGUGCAGCUCCAUGUUCCGUACUCAGAGCACGCCAAGGCCCCUGUGGGCCCCAUCACCAUGGGGCUGCCUCUCGCCAUGGACCCCAAGAAGCUGGCGCCCUUCAGCGGAGUGAAGCAGGAGCAGCUCUCCCCACGGGGCCAGGCUGGGCCACCAGAGAGCCUGGGGGUACCCACAGCCCAGGAGACAUCUGUGCUGAGAGGGACGUCUCUGGGCUCCGUGCCAGGAGGAAGCAUCACCAAGGGCCUCCCCAGCACUCGGGUGCCCUCCGAGAGCCCCAUCACAUACCGCGGCUCCAUCACCCACGGCACUCCGGCUGACGUCCUGUACAAGGGCACCAUCACCAGGAUCAUCGGCGAGGACAGCCCGAGCCGCCUGGACCGCGGCCGGGAGGACGGCCUGCCCAAGGGCCAUGUCAUCUACGAGGGCAAGAAAGGCCAUGUGCUGUCCUAUGAGGGUGGCAUGUCCGUGUCCCAGUGCUCCAAGGAGGAUGGCAGGAGCAGCUCAGGCUCCACCCACGAGGCAGCUGCCCCCAAGCGCACCUACGACAUGAUGGAGGGCCGCGUCAGCAGGGCCAUCUCCUCAGCCGGCAUUGAAGGUCUUAUGGGUCGUGCCAUCCCGCCUGAGCGCCACAGUCCCCACCAUCUCAAAGAGCAGCACCACAUCCGAGGCUCCAUCACGCAAGGGAUCCCAAGGUCCUACGUGGAGGCCCAGGAAGACUACCAGCGUCGGGAGGCCAAGCUUCUGAAGCGUGAAGGCACGCCGCCACCACCACCCCCGCCCCCACGGGACCUGGCUGAGGCCUACAAGUCCCGACCCUUGGAGGCCCUGGGCACCCUGAAGCUGAAGCCGGCCCAUGAGGGCCUGGUGGCAACGGUAAAGGAGGCCGGCCGCUCUAUUCACGAGAUUCCGCGGGAGGAGAUGCGGCCCACGCCUGAGCUGCCCCUGGCCCCGAGGCCGCUCAAGGAGGGCUCCAUCACACAGGGCACCCCGCUCAAGUACGACACCAGCACGUCCUCCACCGGCUCCAAAAAGCAUGACGUGCGCUCCAUCAUCGGCAGCCCUGGCCGGACGUUCCCGCCGGUGCACCUGCUGGACGACACCCGGGCGCUGGAGCGCGCCUGCUACGAAGAGAGCUUGAAGAGCCGGCCGGGCACAGUCAGCAGCUCGGGGGGCUCCAUCACCCGAGGGGCCCCGGUCAUCGUGCCUGAGCUGGGCAAGCCGCGGCAGAGCCCCCUGACCUACGAGGACCAUGCGGCGCCCUUUGCCGGCCACCUACCCCGAGGUUCACCAGUGACCACGCGGGAGCCCACGCCGCGCCUGCAGGAGGGCAGCCUCUCAUCCAGCAAGGCAUCCCAGGAUCGAAAGCUGACGUCGACACCCCGCGAGAUUGCCAAGUCCCCGCACAGCACCGUGCCCGAGCACCACCCCCACCCCAUCUCACCCUACGAACACCUGCUCCGGGGCGUGAGUGGGGUGGACCUGUACCGCAGCCACAUCCCGCUGGCCUUUGACCCCACCUCCAUACCCCGCGGAAUCCCUCUGGAUGCAGCCGCUGCCUAUUACCUUCCCCGGCACCUGGCCCCCAACCCCACCUAUCCACACCUGUACCCGCCUUACCUCAUCCGUGGCUACCCCGACACAGCGGCGCUGGAGAACCGCCAGACAAUCAUCAACGACUACAUCACCUCACAGCAGAUGCACCACAACGCGGCCACCGCCAUGGCCCAGCGAGCCGACAUGCUGAGGGGCCUGUCGCCCCGAGAGUCCUCGCUGGCUCUCAACUACGCCGCCGGCCCUCGAGGCAUCAUUGACCUGUCCCAAGUGCCACACCUGCCUGUGCUGGUGCCCCCGACACCCGGCACGCCGGCCACCACCAUGGACCGCCUCACCUACCUCCCCACUGCACCCCAGCACUUCAGCAGCCGGCUCAGCAGCUCCCCGCUCUCCCCAGGAGGCCCCACUCACUUGACAAAACCCACGGCCACGUCCUCUUCCGAGCGGGAGCGGGAGCGCGAUCGGGAGCGUGAACGGGAGCGGGAGAAGUCCAUCCUCACCUCCACCACCACGGUGGAGCAUGCGCCCAUCUGGAGACCCGGUACGGAGCAGGGCAGCGGCGGAAGCGGCGGCGGCGGGGGUGGGGGCGGCAGUAGCAGCCGCCCCGCCUCCCACUCCCACUCCCACCAGCACUCGCCCAUCUCACCCCGGACCCAGGACGCCAUCCAGCAGAGGCCCAGCGUGCUGCACAACACCGGCAUGAAGGGCAUCGUCACCUCCGUGGAGCCCAGCACGCCCACGGUCCUGAGGUCCACAUCCACCUCCUCGCCUGUCCGCCCCGCUGCCACAUUCCCACCCGCCACCCACUGCCCACUGGGCGGCCCCCUCGACGGGGUCUAUCCCACCCUCGUGGAGCCUGUGUUGCUGCCUAAGGAGGCCUCGCGGGUCGCCCGGCCCGAGCGGUCCCGAGCAGACGCCGGCCACACCUUCCUCGCCAAGCCCCCGGCCCGUGCAGGGCUGGAGCCCGCCUCCUCCCCCGGCAAGGGCUCCGAGCCCCGGCCCCUGGCGCCCCCCGGCUCCGGCCAUGCGGCCAUCGCCCGCACCCCAGCGAAGAGCCUCGCGCCCCACCACGCCAGCCCGGACCAGCCGGCACCGCCCGCCUCAGCCGCGGACCUACACCGGGAAAAGACUCAAAGUAAACCCUUUUCCAUCCAGGAAUUGGAACUCCGUUCUCUGGGUUACCACGGCGGCAGCUACAGCCCUGAUGGGGUGGAGCCUGUCAGCCCCGUGAGCUCACCCAGCCUGACCCACGACAAGGGGCUCCCCAAGCACCUGGAGGAGCUCGACAAGAGCCACCUGGAGGGGGACCUGCGGCACAAGCAGCCAGGCCCGGGAAAGCUCAGCGGCGAGCCUGCACACCUCCCACACCUGCGGCCGCUGCCCGAGAGCCAGCCCUCGUCCAGCCCGCUGCUCCAGACCACCCCAGGGGUCAAAGGUCACCAGCGGGUGGUCACCCUGGCGCAGCACAUCAGUGAGGUGAUCACACAGGACUACACCCGGCACCACCCACAGCAGCUCAGCGCACCCCUCCCUGCCCCCCUCUACUCCUUCCCCGGAGCCAGCUGCCCUGUCCUGGACCUUCGCCGCCCACCCAGUGACCUCUACCUCCCACCCCCGGACCAUGGCGCCCCGGCCCGUGGCUCACCCCACAGCGAAGGGGGCAAGAGGUCUCCAGAGCCAAGCAAGACGUCGGCCCUGGUCAGCGGUGAAGAUGGUAUCGAGCCAGUGUCCCCACCAGAGGGCAUGGCAGAGCCCGGGCACCCCCGGAGCGCCAUGUACCCACUGUUGUACCGGGACGGGGAGCAGGCAGAGCCCAGCAGGAUGGGCUCCAAAUCUCCAGGCAACACCAGUCAGCCGCCAGCCUUCUUCAGCAAGCUGACCGAGAGCAACUCGGCCAUGGUCAAAUCUAAGAAACAGGAGAUCAACAAGAAGCUGAACACCCACAACCGGAACGAGCCAGAAUACAAUAUCGGCCAGCCGGGGACAGAGAUCUUCAACAUGCCUGCCAUCACCGGAGCAGGCCUCAUGACCUGCCGAAGCCAGGCGGUGCAGGAGCAUGCCAGCACCAACAUGGGGCUGGAGGCCAUUAUUAGAAAGGCGCUCAUGGGUGGCGGCGGGAAGGCCAAAGUCUCUGGCAGACCCAGCAGCCGAAAAGCCAAGUCUCCGGCCCCAGGCCUGGCGUCUGGGGACCGGCCGCCCUCCGUCUCCUCCGUGCACUCAGAGGGAGACUGCAACCGCCGGACGCCGCUCACCAACCGCGUGUGGGAGGACCGGCCCUCAUCCGCAGGUUCCACACCUUUCCCCUACAACCCCCUGAUCAUGCGGUUGCAGGCGGGGGUCAUGGCCUCCCCGCCCCCGCCUGGCCUCCCCACGGGCAGCGGGCCCCUGGCCGGCCCCCAUCACGCCUGGGAUGAGGAGCCCAAGCCGCUGCUCUGCUCGCAGUAUGAGACGCUCUCUGACAGCGAGUGAUGGUCAGAGCGGGGUGGGGGCCGCACCAGGGCCCAGCGAGCGGCCGGAGCAGCGGACCGAGGAGCAGGGCGGCUGCCGACUCCCCCCGCCGAGGAAGGAGCCCCUGAGUCUGCCUGUGCGCCCGUCUGUCCGUCCAUCCGUCCACAGCCGGCAUCCUUGCCCGUCUAAAGCCUUAACUACGACUCCCGCCCUGGCUGGCCCUGUGCAGUGACCUUACUCAGGGGAUGUUUACCUGGUGCUCGGGAGGGGAGGGGCCGGGGAGGGGGCGCUGGCGGCGUGUGGUGGCCACAAGCAUGCAGCCGGGGCGGCCAGGGACCCAAAGCAGGACGACCCAUGCACCUCCCAUGCCACUGCCUCCCCCCUUAACGCAUUUGGAACCAAAGUCUAAACCGAGCUAGAAGCCCCCGCACCCUCCCUCUGCCUCCAUCCCGCUUAGCACUCUGGACAGACGGACACAGGCCUGUCCAGGCCCCAGCGCUCUUGUCCCGGUCCCCACGGGCUGCCCCAGCCAACGAGACUGCUGGGAACCAAGGCAGGCACGGGCGGGCGAAAGGGCGGGUGCCGCCUGGGGCGAGCGGAUGCUCCGAGGAACUGGACUGUUUUUUUUUCACACAUCGUUGCCGCAGCGGUGGGAAGGAAAGGCAGGUGUAAAUGAUGUACUGGUUUACAGGGUAUAUUUUUGAUACCUUCAAUGAAUUAAUUCAGAUGUUUUACGCGAGGAAGGACUUACCCAGUAUUAUUGCUGCUGUGCUUUCGAUCUCUGCUUCCCGUUCAAGAGGUGUGUGCAGGCCGACAGCCGGUGACCCCAUCUUCUGCAGGACCGAGGGGGCGGGGGCUGCCAGCUCACGAGCCCCCCUGCGUCCUCCCUCCCUCCCUUCCUUGGGCAGAAUGAAUUUGAUGGGUGUUCUGUGACCGCCAUCUGCGCACGGCGGUGGCGUCCUGUCAUUUACACACGUUGUUCUCAUUAAAAAACGAAUUAUACUCGUG